AUGGAUCCUUUUGUUUACCUUGAAAGAUACCGAGUCGUGAUAUGCAAGAAGUGUGGCUUCGCAUGCGUAUCCAAUAAGGUGCCUACUCAUCUACGGAUAAGACAUCGAGACAUAACACCAACAAAUCGGAAUAAAGCAGCCAAAAACAUCAAAAGAAUUCCGGGCAUCAUAAAAAGUGCUAGAGCGAGAGAAGAGAUACUUGGAUGCACAGGAUCGUCGCGGGUGCAGAGCAAGGCCCUUGGUGAUAGUUCCUUCGCAAUCAUAAGUCCUUGGCUUGAGCGCACUCAAUGGCAUAUCGUCUACCAGAAUGUUCGGCGGGAUAUCUUGCAGGCGAUGACGCAGCUACCUAGUAGCGGAGUUUGCCCAGCCCCCGCAGCGGACUAUAACCUCGGCCAAGGGUUAUGCCAGGGAGAUCCUGAUAUUACUAUUUCCUGGCAAGAUGAACAGAAGAUCUCAUGUAUCGCGAGUGCCGUCGACAUCAUCUUUGACAAGUAUGAGGAGACAGCACGACAUACAAGUCGAAGUCUGCUCUGUUGGCUCCGGAGCCCACAGUUUCAGUCUUGCCAGCCAAAGCCAUUUAAGCUCAUCGUUCAGAAUAGCAGUCUACAGAGAUACCGGCGCUUAUGGAAACGGCUCUUGACCUUCAUUUUUAGAGGAUACCGCAUGCCGCCUGCGAUCCGAAAUAAGGGACUCAAUCUUCGGCUUGGCUCUGCAAUUAUGCAGCAGUUAGACGCGAUAUCGGGCCAUGAAUCAUGGGUCGCUUUCGAUCCAAUACAGCCGGCCUGGACAGCCUGUGUGAAUAGAUGGAAGACCUUCCUUCCGGUUUGA